CCUUGACGGACAGCUAAGGAAGGAUGCAGGCGAGGAUGAGGGACCCUACGACCAGUUCGCCGCAACUACUACGACCCAUCCUCCGCCCCUGGGAAGGGUGUGGUGUGGGAGUGGGAGAAUGACAAUGGUUCCUGGACGCCCUAUGACAUGGAAGUGGGAAUCACCAUCCAGCAUGCCUAUGAGCAGCAGCACCCCUGGAUCGACCUCACUUCCAUUGGCUUCAGCUACAUCAUUGACUUCAGCACCAUGGGCCAGAUCAACAGGCAGACCCAACGCCAGCGCCGUGUCCGCCGCCGCCUAGACCUCAUCUACCCCAUGGUCACAGGCACUAUGCCUAAGGCUCAGUCCUGGCCAGUCAGUCCUGGACCAGCCACUUCCCCCCCUGCACCACCCUGCUCCUGUCCGCAAUGUGUGUUGGUGAUGAGUGUCAAGGCAGCUGUGGUCCACGGAAGCACUGGGCCCCUUCAGCCUCCAGGAACACGCAAGAACAUGGCUCCCUCUGGAGUGGGCAAGCUGCCCCCACCACCGGGCCCUGGGGCAAAGCCACUAGACACUGCAGGCACCAUCCGGGGCCCAGGGAAGUCUGCCCCAUCACAGGUGAUCCGGAGACAAGUCUCUAAUACACCAGCUGGGGCGACUACAGGCUCCCCCGCCAGCCCACAAGGAAGCAACAGGAAGACUGGAAGGGUGGCACUGGCCACUUUGAAUCGGUCCAGCCUGCAGCGACUGGCCAUUGCCCAGUCCCGGGUGCUGAUUGCCUCGGGGGUCCCCACUGUGCCUGUGAAAAACUUGAAUGGGUCCAGCCCUGUCAACCCUGCCUUGGCAGGAAUCACCGGGAUCCUCAUGAGUGCAGCGGGAUUACCUGUAUGCCUCACUCGGCCACCAAAGUUGGUCCUCCACCCACCCCCUGUCAGCAAGAGUGAAAUAAAGUCCAUCCCAGGGCUGUCUAACACAAGCCGCAAGACCACCAAAAAACAGGCCAAGAAAGGUAAAGCCCCAGAGGAAGUGCUAAAGAAAUAUCUGCAGAAGGUCCGGCAUCCCCCAGAAGAGGACUGUACCAUCUGUAUGGAACGUCUCACAGCCCCCUCUGGCUACAAGGGCCCACAGCCCACAGUCAAGCCUGACCUGGUGGGGAAGCUGUCCAGGUGUGGCCACAUCUACCACAUCUACUGCCUGGUGGCCAUGUACAACAAUGGGAACAAGGAUGGGAGUUUACAGUGUCCAACAUGUAAGACCAUUUAUGGCGUCAAGACAGGCACCCAGCCUCCAGGGAAGAUGGAGUACCACCUCAUCCCCCACUCCUUGCCCGGCCACCCGGAUUGCAAGACCAUCCGGAUUAUCUACAGUAUCCCACCUGGUAUUCAGGGACCAGAACACCCAAAUCCCGGGAAGAGCUUCAGCGCCCGUGGCUUCCCACGACAUUGCUACCUUCCAGACAGCGAGAAAGGGAGAAAAGUUCUGAAGCUGCUGCUGGUGGCCUGGGAUCGCCGUCUCAUCUUUGCCAUUGGAACCUCCAGCACAACGGGCGAGUCUGACACUGUCAUCUGGAACGAGGUGCACCACAAGACAGAAUUUGGCUCCAAUCUCACUGGCCAUGGCUACCCAGAUGCCAAUUACCUGGAUAAUGUGCUGGCUGAACUAGCUGCCCAGGGUAUCUCUGAAGAAAGCACUGCCCAGGAAAAAGACUGAGGGGGGGCACUGGGGACGUCAUGACAGGAAGGGGAGAGAGUCGAGGUGGACGUUGAUGCCAUACCUCCUGACUGCCUCAUUUCCCUUCUUGUUCUGUCUCCAUCCCUCAUCCCUCUCAGUCACAGAGGGGACUAGAUUAAAGUGAUGUCAUUCAUAAAUUUUAUCCAACACAAGCAGGAUGUGGGAUGAGGACCACCCCCUUUUUGUCCCUGUGGAGUUUUCAGUGCUGAAUUGGCAAGAACCUACACCUCUCCUGUCCCCUCCCCUAAGUAGGGGAUAUGGUCAGCACACUUAAGGUAUGGGCAGUGUUGAGGUACUCCAUACCCUGGCCUUGUGAAACUGAGAUCCCUUGCCUCAUCUGGCUUUUUGCUGCUUCCCCUCUGCUUGGGGAGCAGAGUUUCUGCAUUUUUUCCCCUCCACUAGAGUCAGGGAGCUCUCACUGUGCAAGAUUGGGGAGAGAGGUGUAGACUGCUGUGACAACAGAAAUCAGAUGCCUUGGUGUAAAGUAAGGAAGCAUUUCUUGCUAAGAGGGUCACAGUCAAAAGCCUCUGGGAGCAUGUUCAGCUCUCAUUAUAGUCCCUGGCUUCUCUGGGCCCUCCUCUCCCCUUCAUGCCACUGACCUGUCUAUAGGCAUCUGGUUGUCUCAAGUGGAUGGAAGGACUCAGGGAUUCCUCUCUGGGGUAGCAUCCCGUGAUGCUGUUUCCAACCCCUCUCUGAUCAAACCAGAGCCUGCAUCCCACUGAGCAUCUGCACUGUCCUCAGGGAGAGGAGCCCAUAGCCUUCUUCCCAACUCAUCUCAGACCAGCUCAGUUUCAUGAAGUCACUGUGAGUUGGAGCCCAUACUGGGCUCUGUGUCAUCUGUGCAUAUGUUUGUGUGGCUGUGUGUGCAUCACUGGGCUAGGUUGUUGGGAAAAUCCCAUCGUGUCUCUGAAUUCUGUUUCACGUGCCAAAUCCCAGUUCUGUUGUGGAUCCAAUAGUAAAUGUGUGGUCCUUUGAUUUUUUCUCACCCUUUGCCAGCCCAUCUCAUGACAGACUUGGACCCUGAUGUCACAGACCUGGACUUGGGAAGAUGUGUUGAUGUGGGAGCUAGAUUGACCCUUCUCUUUCUUAUUAAUAUUAGAUCGGAGCCAACCUCUAUCCAGUCUUGUUUAUAUGAGAGCUCAAUUCAUCUCCAUGCAUAUUUGCUAAUUCAAGGCCAGAGAUGCUACUGGUCUCCCUUUAUCCAGCCCCCAUCUAGUACAGAUUGACCAAAAGUAUGGUGGUGGAAACCUCUUUAGCUCAUUCCUAACAUGAUUAGAAACAAAUUCUAGUCUUCUCUAACCUGCAUCUAGGUGUUGUCCCAGGAUCCACUCUGUCCCCAACACCUUCUCAACUUUGGCUCCAUUAAAGAAUGGAUUAGGUGUCUGGAGAGAAUGAAGAGUCAAGAGGGAACCAUUUCCCCUUUGGAAGUAGGUUCUUUGAACUGUGUUUGGGGAAAGUUCCUCUGGAUACUAAUUUGAAUUUAUAUACCUCAUGUUUUGAGGGUUUAACAUAUAUACAUAUAUACAUACAUAUAUAUAUGUGUAUAUGUACAUAUAUACACAUAAAUAUGCAUAUAUAAACAGAUAUGUAUAAGAUUUGAAAGGUUUUGAUGCUUGAAAUUUUUAAAAAAAGGAAUAAAACAACCUUCCACAAUGGUACUUACAUUAGAACUGAAGUCUACAUUUUCACAACACCCUGCUCCAGAGACACCUCCUUUUGGGCCUCCAGCGUUGUUGAUAUUGCUGUGGCCAGUAGACUCACUCCAGUGUCCCCCAUCCAGUUCCCUGGAACAUGCUGGUGCUGAGUCUUCUUUCUCUCUACAGAUGACUAAUGGACCUUUAAUUGCUUCCCACUAGGGGGAGCUGUGGUAGGAGACAAUGUUCAGCCAUCUUAAUCCAAGCUCUCCUUUCACUGAGAGGCCAUUUUGUCUCACUAGCUGACAAGGAGACUGCUGAGCUCACUGAGCCCGGGCAAAGCUUCUGCCACAACAGAGAAAGAAGCAUCAGAACUAAGUGGAAGGCGUAUCUCAUGGAAUUUAAAGUCACACCCAUGCCUUUUAUCAAGUUAACACAUUUCAGAAAUUAUCAGAGCCUCAUUGAGGGCUUACAGUCAUUUUUGCCUUCAGUACCCUUGUUACCUACCUGCCCUGCUCCUUGGUAACAGGGAUGAGAAGAUAGAUGGGAGUCCAUGGGUAGGAAAAUGAGGCAGUGGGGAGCAAAGAAAUGGAAAACAGGCUCUGAGAUGUAGAAAUGGACAGCAGGGGACAUUCUCACAAAGCAGAGGAAAGGGGUAGCAUAAGGCAGAAGAAAGGACCCAAGGGGACAUCCAAGGGAGUGAUUGUUCCAGGGAAAACAAAACAAAACAUUUUGAGAGUUAGUCUUCAUGGCUUCAAGAAUUUCUGCAGAGGACUUUGCAAUGUCUGUGCCUCAUCUCCCUCUUCUCCGAGGAUGCUCUGAGGGGCUACCUCACCCUCAUCUUUCACUCUUUCAACUUUCUGGCUGAAGGAACCUUGGAAAGAGUGUACUGUCAGUCAAAGCAAUGGCUACUACUGCUCUUUCUCUUGUGCCAACCCCAAAAGUUACGGAAUUGAGUUCAAUGAGAUUAGGCCCUGGGCACCAGCUACGUUGACCCAGGGUGUUUCCCAAGAGAAGCCUCAGUGUGUUCUGCUGGGCCAAGCAGGGGACCCCAUGCUUUUCCUUUCACAGUCUCAGCACCAGCAGCCAUGUCCUCCCUCUCCGAGACUCCAGAGAUGACAAAUGGGAUUGGAGACACACCUUGGGAGAUGCUGAUCCCUUGAAGUUACGUGGUGUAUCUGUGGCUGGCUGUGCCUUUGCGUGUCCAUUCCCCUCCCCUUUUUGUAACAUUCAGAUUUCUUGUGGUUUUAAACUUGGUCAGAAGUCCUCGCCCUGGUACUGCACUGUUGUGUGCAUAGGAGGAUUGGGAGGAGGCUAGCUUGGCUCAAGAAACAACCACUGCCCCCUUUGCUUGUUGGUGGUCACCUAUGUCUCAGUGGGGGUGUCUGGGAGAGGGCUGGUGAAUGUCCAGAUGUCAGGUGUUCUGUGUGUAACUGUAGUGAUUUGAAGUUCUUGGUGUUGUUCUACGAGAGGACAUCGCCCCCUGGUGCUCAUGAGGUGUAUGUGCAGAACAAUAAACUGCAAAUGAACAAGCACAAA